AUGAAGGGUAAACUGAAGGGUGCCCAAACUGGCCAUGACUUGCUCAAGCGCAAGAGCGAGGCCCUGACCAAACGUUUCCGAGAAAUCACCCGCCGUAUCGACGAUGCAAAGCGCAAGAUGGGCAGAGUCAUGCAGAUUGCUGCCUUCUCCCUCGCAGAGGUCAGCUACGCCAUUGGAGGCGCUGGAAUCGGCUACCAGAUCCAGGAGUCGGUCAAGUCGGCAAAGUUCCGUGUUCGUACUCGCCAGGAGAACGUCAGCGGUGUCUUCCUACCUCAGUUCGAGAGUUUCCAGACCGAGGGCAACAACGACUUCGGCCUGACUGGUCUGGGUAAAGGAGGUCAGCAAGUCCAACGCUGCAGGGAGACAUAUGUCAGAGCAGUCGAGACCCUUGUCGAGCUCGCCAGUCUGCAGACAGCCUUUGUCAUCCUGGACGAUGUCAUCAAGGUCGUAAACCGCAGAGUCAACGCCAUGUAUGCACGCCUCCAACCCCCACCCUUACAGCCAGAAUGCAUUACUAACUCUCUCUGCAGCGAGCACGUUAUUAUCCCCCGCACAGAAAACACCAUCAAAUACAUCAACUCAGAGCUGGACGAGCUCGACAGAGAGGAGUUCUUCAGACUGAAGAAGGUGUCAGGCAAGAAGGAAAGAGAUGCCCAGGCAGAGGAGGCCGAACGUCAAAAGGCCAAAAAGGCCGAAGAAGAAAAGGGCGUCGACUCGCAGGCCGACAAUGGGUCCCAAGACAUGCUAGGAGGAGGAGAGGAUGAUGAGGAUGUCAUUUUCUGA